AUGAGGAGGUAUGUGAGACGUCUGUUUACUGAUCCCGUGACCAGGUAUGCGAGACGUCUGUUUACUGAUCCCGUGACCAGGUAUGCGAGACGUCUGUUUACUGAUCCUGUGACCAGGUAUGCGAGACGUCUGUUUACUGAUCCCGUGACCAGGUAUGUGAGACGUCUGUUUACUGAUCCCGUGACCAGGUAUGCGAGACGUCUGUUUACUGAUCCUGUGACCAGGUAUGUGAGACGUCUGUUUACUGAUCCUGUGACCAGGUAUGUGAGACGUCUGUUUACUGAUCCCGUGACCAGGUAUGCGAGACGUCUGUUUACUGAUCCCGUGACCAGGUAUGCGAGACGUCUGUUUACUGAUCCUGUGACCAGGUAUGUGAGACGUCUGUUUACUGAUCCCGUGACCAGGUAUGCGAGACGUCUGUUUACUGAUCCCGUGACCAGGUAUGCGAGACGUCUGUUUACUGAUCCCGUGACCAGGUAUGCGAGACGUCUGUUUACUGAUCCUGUGACCAGGUAUGUGAGACGUCUGUUUACUGAUCCCGUGACCAGGUAUGUGAGACGUCUGUUUACUGAUCCUGUGACCAGGUAUGUGAGACGUCUGUUUACUGAUCCCGUGACCAGGUAUGUGAGACGUCUGUUUACUGAUCCCGUGACCAGGUAUGUGAGACGUCUGUUUACUGAUCCCGUGACCAGGUAUGCGAGACGUCUGUUUACUGAUCCCGUGACCAGGUAUGCGAGACGUCUGUUUACUGAUCCCGUGACCAGGUAUGCGAGACGUCUGUUUACUGAUCCCGUGACCAGGUAUGCGAGACGUCUGUUUACUGAUCCCGUGACCAGGUAUGCGAGACGUCUGUUUACUGAUCCCGUGACCAGGUAUGCGAGACGUCUGUUUACUGAUCCCGUGACCAGGUAUGCGAGACGUCUGUUUACUGAUCCCGUGACCAGGUAUGCGAGACGUCUGUUUACUGAUCCCGUGACCAGGUAUGUGAGACGUCUGUUUACUGAUCCCGUGACCAGGUAUGUGAGACGUCUGUUUACUGAUCCUGUGACCAGGUAUGUGAGACGUCUGUUUACUGAUCCCGUGACCAGGUAUGCGAGACGUCUGUUUACUGAUCCCGUGACCAGGUAUGUGAGACGUCUGUUUACUGAUCCCGUGACCAGGUAUGUGAGGAUGUCAAGGAUAUGUGCAAUUUUACUGUUUUAGAAUUAUGAUGUAGGUGUGAUGCUUGUCAUCAUCAAUGAUAACUGAUUUGUAGGAGUUAUUAGGAUAUCACUAUUGAUAGGACAGACACUCAGAUGUAUAACCGGGGUAGGAGUUAUUAGGAUAUCACUAUUGAUAGGACAGACACUCAGAUGUAUAACCGGGGUAGGAGUUAUUAGGAUAUCACUAUUGAUAGGACAGACACUCAGAUGUAUAACCGGGGUAGGAGUUAUUAGGAUAUCACUAUUGAUAGGACAGACACUCAGAUGUAUAACCGGGGUAGGAGUUAUUAGGAUAUCACUAUUGAUAGGACAGACACUCAGAUGUAUAACCGGGGUAGGAGUUAUUAGGAUAUCACUAUUGAUAGGACAGACACUCAGAUGUAUAACCGGGGUAGGAGUUAUUAGGAUAUCACUAUUGAUAGGACAGACACUCGGAUGUAUAACCGGGGUAGGAGUUAUUAGGAUAUCACUAUUGAUAGGACAGACACUCGGAUGUAUAACCGGGGUAGGAGUUAUUAGGAUAUCACUAUUGAUAGGACAGACACUCAGAUGUAUAACCGGGGUAGGAGUUAUCUAUCAUGUAUUAUAUACUGGCUCUCAUUCUUUCUUAUCCUAGUACAUGUAUUUACUUUCAGGCUAGAUUUAUCAUGAGAAAGCACUAAAUCAUGCAAGAAACUUCUAAUUAGAAUUUACAUACUUUUCUUAACAAUGGAUAAUUAUAGUUCCUUUAUCUUAUGACAUACAGAUAUAUCAUUAAUUAAUGGUAUCUUAAUUAUGUAUAGAUACAUCACUAAUUAAUUGUAUCGUUAACGAUGUACAGAUAUUAUAAAGACCACUUAUACUGAAGUGUCCUGGUCACACCUGCCCUAAUGAUUCACUGUAACACUUGAUGGUCCUGUACCAUGUACAGUUUUGGAUGCCCUGUGUGUGCUGCACCCCAUCACUGUUUUUAUUUACACUUCACAGUGCUAACAUCACUCCCCUCAUAUUAUUAUAAGUUUAUAUUUUAUUUAAUACUUUAUAUUUUCUCUGUAUUAUUUUUUCUUUGUACACAUAUUUAAUUAAAAUGAUUAUGUUGAAAGAAUAUCAUGUUUAACUACAUGUCAACUGUAAUCUUAUGAAUUUGGCUAAAAAAAACAGCAUAGAUAUUGUUUUCUCGUUAUAGCAAAUUAUAUAAAAGGGUCAGUAUGUUCUUUGGCCAUGGUUGGAUAUUUUGUUUAAUUUUCUGGGCUGAUUAUCUCCCUUGUUCUCUGUUUGACCUUUGUGCUACUAACGUUAAGAUAAUUUUAUUCUAUUGUUUUUUAAUGUUAUAGUAAAAGAUAUUCUGGUGUAAGCGGUUUUUUUUUAUUGAUUGGUUUGUGCUCAUUAUUAUGUAAAAAAAUAUUUUGUACACACACAACUAGUGCAUGGUGCUGUAGGAAAUGUUCAGUUAUCAAAUAGGACAUGGCAGUUCACUUCAGUACCAUGAUCUGGCCUACACUACUUAAACCUAUAUACAGUGUGCCAUGUAUUACUGUCUUAUUGACAAACAAGCUAACAGUAAACCCAGUGUAAUCAGUACUAGGACCACUAAUAAAGAUUUAAAGGCAUUGAUUGUUUAGGAACUAGAUAUCAUUAAUGGUUGCUAUGGUUUUUGAUUACAACUACCUCUACAUAUUACUAAUGUCCUGAUUUUCAUGAUCUUUGUAACUAAGGAACAUGUUAGCCAUUCUAAAUUGGAAUGAAAAAUCACUUCCAAGGCUUGUUAAUGUUAGGACAUUAGAGACAUGUCACUACAACUAACUGGUGGAGGUUACUCAAACGGGUUUAUAAUGUAACUAACAUACAAACACAAACUUACGCAAAUAGUAUUGUUCACAUCUGGAUUUUAAUCUUGUCAGGGUAUCCAAUAUCAUAUUUUUUAAAGACCAAGUGAUUUUGUAAUAAAAGGUACAGCAUUA